ACACCAACAAAAAUCCUCGCGAGGAAAAAAGGUUUCAGAAGAAAGACGAGAAUUUCACUGCGCUGGGAGACAAACGAUUCUGUCGUCCGCGGUCCGAGUGAAGUGAAAAUUCAGGAGUAACAUUGCAUUUUCGGUUCUUCUACGAGUGUGAAUUCGGUUGCCGAAGCGGUGCGGAAUAACGGUGACUAUCUUGAACGGUGCGCAAACGGUGAAAAUCAUGGAUUUUUCUCGCUGAAGUUUUCCUCUUUUUUCGAUGGUUGGCCCGUGGCUGGCUUUGAGUGGAGAAUCGAAGGUGUCCCAUCCUCUGCAUGUAUCUCGCGACGACGACCAGCUAACAGCAAAAAUAAUAUCCUAAAAGCCAUCAGAAGAGUCGCUCACUCGAGAAGUCUUCCGCGAGAAAGUUUUUUUGCCCGUGCAAUUUCUGACAAAAGUGGAAACGAAGAAAAAGGGCACCACAGCCAGACACGGGAAUUCGAUCGUAAAGAAUAGUGCCGAAUACAAGGGUGGAGGAGGUGGAAGCACCAGCAGCAGUCGACGACACAAAAUGCUAGUGUAAAUCGAUUGUAUUCGUUGGCUGAAGACUCCCAAUAAACAAGAAGAAAAACAAAACGAAGUUAGUUAAAAGGAUAAUCGCGCGAACGACGACGGUUCGAUUCGUGUGACGCAAGAAGUUCCCCGCCCGUCAUCCAUUUCGUGCCGGUUUGUGAUCAAUGGUGGACAUGUCAUGAGAAUUAACAGAAUCGACGAAAGAAUGGAUGAAAAUUCGGCACUGAACCACCAGAAUGGUGGCAGUGGUCAGCUGGUUGGAAUCGGUGUUGGCGGAGCCGGUUCGGGUAUCCAGGCGGGAGGUAGCGCCGGUGGUCUUGGCGGCAUGGCCAACAACAACAACAACAAUUCCAUGGGCGGCGGCAUGAACAACAACAAACCGGGCGGCAUGGGAGGAAACGGCGGCAAUGGCCAGGACGACCAGAACAACAAGGCCUCGCCGACGCAGUACUCGAUUCCGGGCAUACUGCACUUCAUCCAGCACGAGUGGGCUCGGUUCGAGCUGGAGCGGUCUCAGUGGGACGUUGAUCGUGCCGAACUACAGGCAAAAAUUGCAGUACUAUUAGGUGAACGUAAGGGUCAGGAAUCACUCAAGUCUGACCUCAUUAGGCGUAUUAAAAUGUUGGAAUAUGCGUUAAAACAGGAAAGGGCAAAAUUCCAUCGGUUAAAAUAUGGCGUAGAUCCUCCUAUGAAUGAUAUUAAACCUCCGUCGGACGAACCCGGUAUUGGCACAGAAGUGGCCCCAGAUCCCGAGGUACCCUACAGUUCCGUGUCCAACAUAACAUGGAGGCAAGGCAGGCAGUUGCUGCGUCAGUAUCUGCAAGAAAUCGGUUACACAGAAACAAUCAUUGAUAUCCGCUCGAAUCGGGUUCGCUCGUUACUGGGACUGAACAACAACAGCGAACAGGAGGAGAAUGUGAACCCAAACAUCAACGGUGGUAGUGAAACCAAUAAGCGUGCUAGCGAGUCACAAGGUCGUCGGACACCGGCGAAAAAAUCCCAAACCUCAUCAAUGACCGAAGCAAUGAUCCUGGACUCUGAGGCGGCCGUUAUAGCAAACUUUGAGUUCCUGACGCAGGCCGACACGGAGAUGUCCGAUGACGAUGACAUGUCCGACGAAAUCGGCGAGAACGAGGAAACGGACAUGAAGACGACAAAGCGAAAAGCCAAAGCUACUCUGAACGAUGACGAUGUUGACGCCGAAGCGGACGAAGUUAUCAAUGAGUUAAAUCUGCUAACAGAAGGUGAGGACAGCAAUUUGACAGAAAACAGAAAAGCCGACGGAGGGGAUUUAUUUGUUGGAUACAAUAAAUCCGCCAUACAACGCCACCCCACGAUACCGGGAAUCACCAAUGAUGAGGAGGUUGACUCCUCUCUAGGACUGGGUGAGCUGGCGCAACUAACAGUUAAUAAUGAGGCCGAAUCGACGUACGAGGUGUCCAACGCGAACGAACCAUAUCGUAAGACCUGGAACGCCAAAUACACGCUUCGGUCGCACUUUGACGGUGUCCGGGCGUUAGCGUUCCACCCGCAAGAGUCCGUUCUGAUAACUGCCUCUGAAGACCACACGCUCAAGCUGUGGAACUUGCAGAAAACCGUGCCAGCAAAGAAGUCAGCUAGUCUUGAUGUGGAGCCUCUCUACACCUUCCGUUCGCAUAACGGACCGGUGCUGUGCUUGGCAAUGUCCGCCAGCGGCGAACAGUGCUAUUCGGGUGGAUUAGACGGGGCGAUCAACUGUUGGAAUCUACCGAAUUACAACAUUGAUCCUUAUGACAGCUACGACCCAGAGGUGAUGCAAUGUACGCUGGACGGACACACUAACGCCGUUUGGGGACUAGCGGUGAAUCACACGAAAAACAGUCUAGUGUCGUGUUCAGCCGAUGGUACCGUCAAGUUGUGGACACUCUCUGAAAAGAUUCCUCAGCUGAACACCACCUUUACGUCGGAAACGGAAGGAAUCCCCACAUCGGUGGAUUUUGUUCGAGAUCAGAGCGACAGAAUAGUGGUUGCCUACAGUAGUACACAUUGUAUAAUCUACGACACGGAAACCGGCAGACAGGUAGUAAAAUUAGAAGCCAGUCAGGAGAUGACGGGCAACGUAGGGAAACACAUUAAUAAAGUGAUCAGUCAUCCGACGCUGCCGAUAACGAUCACGGCGCACGAGGACCGACACAUCCGAUUCUGGGACAACACUUCCGGGUCGUUAAUCCACUCGAUGGUGGCCCAUCUUGACGCGGUCACCAGUUUGGCCAUCGAUGCGCAAGGAUUGUAUCUGCUGUCCGGGUCGCACGAUUGCUCCAUCCGGCUGUGGCAUAUGGAUAACAAAACGUGUGUCCAGGAAAUCACUGCGCACCGUAAAAAGUUCGACGAAAGUAUAUUGGACGUUGCAUUUCAUCCUUCGAAGCCCUACAUUGCUAGUGCAGGUGCUGAUGCAAUAGCUAAAGUGUUCGUUUAAUAUAAGCCAAGCUAAAAAAUAUGAAAUUGUACAGAGUGAAGGUGUUUGAUCUGGAUCAGAUAGAAUUAUGAAAUAUGAGGGAUGUGUAAAAACGCAUCGGACGCUUCAAGUUCCGCUCGUCGAGGAUAAACAUCGGCCAUAUUAUGUAUUCCCAAAGUCCCCAAAAUGGUUACUGCAAACAUCAAAGAUACGCAAGUAUUAGUUUAGGCUUCGACUUGUGGGGUUGAAUGCGAAAGCGUGGUUAAACUUACCAGCUUUUGGUGCGUUAACUAGUUACGCCCUUGUCGAAAGUUGGUCCGGAUUAAAAUAAAAGAUAAUGGUAAUAAUAUACAAAUAAUAAUGAGAGAAGUGGUAAAGAGAUUCAUGCAAGAGACGGCGGUACGCUAGAUACGACAGGCAAAAGUAGUUGUUUUUAAUUAUCACGAACAUUCUAGUUACAAAAAAAUAUUAAAAACUGACGAUUGCAAAGCAGAAGUAAUAACAGAUUUAGUAAUAUACAUGAUAAUUUUUACAGAAACAAAACAAGAACUCACAUUAAAACAAAACAUAACACACACAAACCCAAACGCAUGCAUACAUUCAUACACACAUGAGACUUCUAAUAGAGAGACCCAACAUGUGGUGUUCGGCUACACUCGAAUAUCCCAACCUAGGCAAACGAAACGGAAAUGAUCCAAAGCUGCGAGUAUGUAUGGAAAACAGCUAGCAAUGCAACUAAUGUAAAAAAACAAACUCAUACAUUAUGGCUAGAACACAGGGGGCUAGGAAAGGAAAUAAAUGCUAGGAACGGUGCAUUUUUAGCUUCGUUCACUUUCCAAAUAAGAAAUGGACUUAUAAUUUUGAUUAAUUGUAUAGUUCAAGUUUGCCUACUCCUUUUGAUAUGCGAAUCGAAAUGGCUUAAGCUUUCAAUUACGUUUCCGUAAGGUAGCAAAAAAAAUCUACAAAUCCUGUUUGGGAAAGGUACGUCUUAUUUUUUUUUUUUGUGCAUGAAAACUAUAAAAAUAAGUUAUCAUUGAGAUACAUCAAACCGAAAUGGUGUACUCCGCUUUGUGACAUAAGUUUACAAUCUAAAAGUUUGAACUAUCUGUCGCUGAUUCAAAUUUAAAUGGAAAUCCGCUGAAUUCUUCGUGAAAAUUCCGAAGAACCAUUUAAAUUUCCUGAUUGAUAUCUUCAAAACAUCACAGAGAAAUUUUCCUUAGAAUACAAACAAUUUUCUUGAAAAUCCAUACAAUUUCUUGAAAUUUCGAAGACAUUUACGUUGAAACCACGUGUUUCGAUGAAAAUUUGGAAGAUUUUACCGUGGAAAUGCUGAAAAAAUUACCAUGAAAAUAUUUUUAUAAAAAUGAAAUCCCAUGGAAAUUCCGAAGAAUUUACCGUUAAGAUCCAAAUAAUUGCUCGUUUAUCAAUUUUUUAAGCAGGGAAGUCAUUCGGUUGAAAGCGGUUUGGCUAAACGACACAAGGCCGAAAGUUGUUUGGCCGAAUGUCAUUUGACCAUUAGGCAAAAAACCAACUGGCCGAAAAUGACGAUCAGGGGAAAGGUCGUUUGGCUGGAAAGGUAAUAGGCCUUUUCACGAGACGUUUAAAAUCGGCUGAUUCUACCGUCAAUUGACAGUUAUUCUAUGAAAAUGACCACUUCAGGUUUGCACGGCCUGUUCAGCGGUUGUAAACAAGUGCAGCCUCGGCAGUGUCACAUGAAAAGGCAUAUUGGGCCAAAAAUGCCGUUUGACCGAGAUAGUCGUUUGACAGAAAAUGUCAUUUGAUCGAACGGGUUGACAUUUUUAGUUGAACAUGGCAGCAAGUGACAUUGUCGGCCAUACCUUUGUGACCAUUUCGGCUUAACGUGUUAUUCGGCCAAAUGGCAUUCGAACAAUUGGCUUUCUGUCGAAUGACUUGGCCGAACGACGUGAAGGAUCGUUUGGUCAAGGGUCAAAAGGUAGUAAGUUGCUUUUUCCUUGUUGGGUAUUUCAAUCGCUGCGACUAUUUGUUAAAUCUAUUGUGAUAUAUGCCCCAUUUGAUGUAGCUUUUAUUAAAUUGACGCAUUAUUAUCAAGGUUCGUAUUGUUUCGGUGAGACGAAAUCAAGCGAUUUUCGGCACUACUUUGAUGAAAUUUUGUUUAAUGCCUCACUCACUUUUUGCGAGAUUUUUCUGGAACUUAUAUAAUUUUUUUACCGGAACGGGAUUCGACCAUCGACAAAAAUGGCGUUGAGAUGCGGUCACUCUAGCCAUACCACCAAAUCGAAUGCAUAUAGAAGUAAGGUUGGUUGUUCCAUAAAAGCUAUCCUUUUUGCAAUUGGUGUUGGUAUAAAAAGGAUGAAAGAAAACAACUUUUCGCGGCAUGGGUAGUGAGGGAAAAAUGGUUAUCCCUCAUCAGACCUUUUUUUCCUCAAAUCGAUUUCUCAGCAAAAAUCUGCGUGAGUGAGGAUUCUCUGCUCGUGAGAAUGAGUGAGUAUUAAAAUCCCUGAUUAUUACUAUGUAGAAUAAUCGCAUCGUCUUGACUACCAGCGUUAUCUCAAUGCGGUAUUAUGAUUGUGAUGAAUCGUACUACCGUAUUGGGGCUUGUUCUCCAAACUUCAGACUUCUUUUUAAAAAUUGUCAGAUAAUGGUAUGAAUGUUUCGAGGCCUCCACAUGUAUCUUGGAGUUUCCCUAACAGCUUCAAAUGAUAUCCGCUCAGGCAAUUGAGGAGAACACGCAGAAAAACCUUUCAGGAUACCUGGAUACCUGGCUACAGCGUCAAUAAACCUUUGCUUGGCGUAAUAGUAGAACUUCGUAAUUGUCGGUCUUGGGCGAUGUUCCUCCAGUUUCCCCGAACGUUUAGGGUCCCCAGGUCCGAUUCCACCGCGUGCAGCCAGCGUGUUCGUGGCCUUCCACGAAGUCGCCGGCCUCUACCCGAUUCUCGCUAUUCUUUUUUCCGACAUUUGCACUAAGUGACCACUGAAGUUUGCCGUAUUUUGUACGAUUCACAAUAUCUUCUUCGAACACACCUCGUGAUUCAUGCGUCUGCGUCACAAAUCAUUUUCUACUUUCCCUUCGUGUAUUGUACGCAGCACUUUUUGUUAAAAAAAAGCCGAAAGCUCUCCAAGGCCAUUGCUAGAAUCAGAGUUUUAUACAGAGCAAAUUCCGUAUCCAUCUGCAUGUUGCGAAACUUAAGCUGGUUACGUAAUCCGUAGAAGGCCCUAUUCGCAACAGCAAUACGUCUUUUCAUUUCACGGGAAACUUCAUUGUCACAUGCCACAAGUGUUCCAAGGUAAACAAAUUCACACACAUCAAGCACUACCUCAGCACCAACAGCACUAGGUCUUCCUCUAUCUUUACCCGCAACCAUGUACUUUGUCUUGGUAGAGUUAAUAAUUAAGCCUAUCCUCGCCGUCUCCCUCUUUUGUGUAAGUCUCCACUACUGCUCUGCGAUCGAUUCCAAUGAGGUCGAUGUCGCCAGAUCUCCUAAUCGCGAAUAAUAAAUUCGAUUAUUGCAAUAAUGCACUUCCGUGUUUGAGGAGCUCGACCGGGAUCUCGUCCUUCCCAGCGUUGGUGGUUUCACAGCUUUUCUGUGUCCAUCCUGCUCUUCAUACACCUUUUUCUUUCACCGUUCAACAAAUCUUCGAAGUGCUCCAUGCACCUGGCUGUCACCAUAGUCUUGUCUGUCAGCAAAUUUUCCCAGCAUUGUCAAUGCAAAUGGCGGGCACUGGCACAGGCUUAUGUCGCGCGUCAUUGAUAGAUGCGUAAAACCUCAGCAUACCGUUUUUAUCCGUGUUCUCUCUCUCAUUUUGUGCUAUUUUUUUCUGUGGUGGAUUCGUUUCUCUUCUGUCCUUGCUACAUUGCACCACUCAACAUUGCAACGGGUACGAGCCACUAGCAUUCGACUCCUAGCUGCAUUUUUUUCGUCCAUCACUCGCUUUUACUUCUAAUCAAACCAACCAUUUCGUUGACGUUGCUGUGCAGUGCCUAGCACUUCCUGCGCUAUUAUAGUCACAGCUUCGUGGAUGUUUUCCCACAAUCUGUCGAACUCGCUAGAUUCGGUGGCAUCUCCUAUCCGCUCGUCCAGUAUCUGGUGGUACUGUUCAGCAACCUCUUCAACUGACAAGCGUUGGAUAUUGAAACGCAUCGUUCUGUUGUUUCAUUAAAUCGCGCUGGAUAGUAGCGCCCAAAUUUAUGCAAUUAUCUGAUCUGAGUUAAUGUUCGGGACUCUAAAAGACCUAACAUCUUUAACAUCCGAGAAAUGCCAUCCGUCGAUCAGCAUGUGGUCUAUCUGUGAGCAAGUGUCGCCACUCGCAUGUUGAUAGGUCACAGGUUUGUUUGUGGAUAUUCUUACGUGCGAAGUAGGUACUACUCAUUGCCAUCCCUCUAGUAGUAGCAAAGGACACAAGUCGCAAACCAGUAUCGUAGGUAGCGGAAUGACGUACCAAUGUCAGGGCGGAAGAACCUUUCUCUGCCGAUCUGCACGUUCGUAUGCCCGAUGACAAACUUUACGUCGUGUUUUGGGCACUCUCAAUUCGGUUGAAUGAAUUUUGGCUUAAAGUGUCAUCAAUGCUAAAUGUAAAAUGCUCAAUUUUCAACUCACUCCACUCGAUUUAUAGAGCUGAAAUGUGUAAUGUAGGAAUGACGGAGAAUAAUAUAUCGGUUGCAUUGUUUUUAGCAUUUACUUCCCCACCUGCAAAUUGUUCAAGGCCUUGCCGUUAAAUAGUAAUUCCCUUAAACGAAUUUUAUAGAUAAUUGCAAAAAUAAUGGAAAAAUUAGAACGCCAACUAAAAACUCUAGAAAACAUAGAUCCCGUUUUUAUUUCCGUAUCCUUUUGUUUAACUCUGUUACAAAUCUUUACUUCUUCUUUCCCUCCUUUCCUGUAUGAUUACGCAAAGCAGUCCUUAUGGUACGAAUCUUCACUCUCAGCCAUCCUUCACUACAAACGUGUCACUUUCGUAUACUCCGGUAGUCUGUGUCUGUUCGUUUAAAUUAGAUUUUUCUAUGUUUCUCUCAAUUAACAAAAAACGGGAAGAACUAAUAUAAGCAGAAAUAGUGUUGAAUCAAAAGAAAAGAAAAAAAAUAUAGAGGACUCAUUCAUGGAUUUCAACGUGAGUUUUAGAUCUUAGUGUAGAAAGUGAUAAGAAAAUGAUAUAAAGAAAAUGCAAAUUAAUUGAGAAGCAUUAUGUAUAACAGUGUAGAAAUUAUAAACAAACAAACACGACAUAAUAGAAGGAGCUAUUGAAAGCGGACGAAAAUGUUUAGUCAAAGCGGGGAGUCUGCCACUCUCAAUGCAUCCAACAUAGAUGCAUUUGUCGAAAGAUUGGCGAUGAAAAACAAAAAAAAAUGAAACUAAAAAAGCGGCCCGCAUUCAAUGAAGGCCGGUAACCGUGCGCAGAGGAAAGCAAAUUAAGAAAUCAAGUGGAAACAAAGUAAAAAUGUAUUUAUUUUACUCAUAUAAUCGUAAUAUGUUGUUAAUUAAUGAUUUGAUUUAUUAUAAAUAAAGUGUAGAUUAAUUA